UGGUCAACACUGAAAUUAUGGUAGUAAGCAAUUCGAGUUUAGCAACCAAUUACGAUAUCAUCUCAAAUAACAGCUACAUACAGCCCACUGCCCAAUCAAACUUUACAACUCUUCAUUACUACUUGAAUGGUAAUUCAAAAUUAGAAGUUGAUCACAGUACUCAAGAUAGUAACUUUACAGUUUUUGGUCAUUUGGUUGCAAAUGAAAAUGCCAUAAUUGGUUUAAAGCAAAUAGCCAAAUUAUCACCACACUUAAUUAUUACCGGAAAUUUAACUACAGGUGGAUGCAGUUUAGAAAUCGUUUUUGAUGAAGACACUGAAGAUUUACAUGCAGAAUAUACAAUUUUAGAAUCUGAACAUUUUAAUAAUCAAUUUAAUAAUAUCAAUGUAUACAAUGGAAAGACACUAAUGGAUAGAAAAUCUUAUGAAUUAACAUGGAGAGGUAGAAUGUGCUAUCUAUUAAACGACGUCGAUAUGAGUGAUUUUGCAAAAUCAACACUCAAUUUUUGGUCUUUCCUCACAAUUUUAGCAAUUUUAGGUAUUGUUAUUUUAUUAUUUGCAUUCUAUAAAUUUUAUAAAAAUAAAUUCAAAAAGAAAAACUCAAAUAAAUACGAACCAUUAGAAAUGACAGAUUUAGAAAAAAUUUAAAUCAAUCAAAUCAAUCAAAUCAAUAAAUAAACAAAACUUUAAUAUACCACUUUUUUAUUUUUUU